GUAGACCUAAGGAAAGAAGAGAGCAAAUCCUCAAGUUAAUCUCAUGGUGAAAAUACUCAACCUCGCUUUGUUCGUUCAAAGUCUGACAGCCUCUCUUCAGAUGGUGUUAAGCAAAGAAAUCCAGCUCGGCGUGUUGUUGCCAAUGACGGGCCGAUGGCCAAUUGGAACACGUACAGCUGCAGCCGUUCCCAUGGCAAUAUCUGCCAUCAUGAACGAUUCCAGCCUUUUACCUGGAUACAACAUCUCGUUCAGGAUUGAAGAUAGCUCGUGCGAACCUGAGCAGGGCUUGCGAGCAAUUGUGGGAUUUCAAUCAGUUGAUGUCUUCAUUGGACCUGCGUGCUCCGUUGUCGCCGAACCAGCAGCUCUUCUCGCCAAGAUAUGGAAGAAACCCAUCAUCACAUACGCCGCUUCUUCCAAUAAGUUCAUCGACAAAAACGUUUACAGUACACUCGCCACCAUUACGGCUUACGCAAGACGCAGCGAAAGAUAUACACCGGGGUUUGUUCUUCAGAUUCUAAAGGCGUUUAAAUGGACAAUUCUUGCCAUUUUGAGCUCGUCUGAGGUUGAAUGGAAGACCAUGGCUGGUAAGAUACGAAGUGUGGUAGAAAGCGAUUCAAUAAAGGUUUCGUUGUUCGAAACUUACGAUAAUAAGAGCCCAGAGUUUGAAACAGUUUUGACGAAAGGGAAAGAUGUGACACGAGUUUUUCUUAUACUAUGUUAUAUCAACGAAGUUGUAUCCAUCAUGGAAACCGCUGAACGUUUGGGUAUGACGAAUGGAGAAUACGCCUUUAUAACAUUAGACCUAAAUACAGACGUGUUUUACAAAAACGGCAAGUGGACUGGAAACGAGGGAUGGGGCUCCAAGUUUCCAAAUAUAUUGAACGGCAUUAUUGAUCUCAGUGUUUAUCGACCUGAGAUAUCCAUGGAGUUCAAAAAGAAAUAUAGGGACAUGGAAAAUAAACUGGAAGCUUCCAUCAAAGCAAAGCUAUAUAACGAGACCUCUUGGUACGCAUCCUUCGUACAUGAUUCCGUCCAUCUUUACUGUUUGGCUGUGAACGACACAAUAUCACGUGGGUAUGAAAUCACCAACACUUCAGAAGUUCUCAUGAACAUGUUCAACAGACGUUUCCAAGGAGAAUCUGGUCACAUUUUUAUGGAAAAUGGAACCCGAAUACCAGAGUUUGUCGUUGGAAAUUUUCGGAAUGGCUCGUACAAGUUCGUCGGCGACAAAACUGAUCUACUGCAAAAUGGCACAGGGUCAGUGUAUCAUGAAAUACGGCUUCUUCAUCAGCCCGACAUACGAUGGCCAGGUGGAUCAAGCACAGUUCCUGUUAGUAAUCCAGUCUGCGGUUUCACCGGAAAGGAUUGUCACCAGGAAGAGGAGGACGCAGACCAUCUCAGCAUUGUCCUUGGAGUAUUAGGAGGAUUUCUUCUGCUAACAUCAAUCCUUGUUGUCUUGAUAUAUGCUAAAAGGCGAACAGAUGAACGAGAAGAUGUUUGCAAAAAGUGGAUCAUAAACUAUAAGGAUAUAACUCCAUCGGAUGAUCACGACGAUAACUACAUGAUGCACUGCAGCUUCAAUCAGCUCAACUGUCAAGGAUCAACAACAAGCAUUCUCCCCGCGUCUUCUUCUGCCCUGGGACUUGUGAAUGGUUGUCUAUAUCAACAAAGAAAGAUUUCUAAAGGAAUUUUUCGGGGCAAGGUGGUGUUGAUAAAGUUGGCUCGAGAAGGAACAUCUCAUCUCACGGAAAGUAUGAAAGCAGAAAUAAGACAGGCUUGUGAGAUUCGACAUGUCAACCUUAAUCCGUACGUAGGCCUGUGCGCUGAGUUCCCGGAUGUUUAUAUCGUAUCUGAAUAUUGUGCUAAAGGAAGCUUACAGGACAUUUUACGGAAUGAUGAUUUUAAGCUGGACUGGACGUUCAGGAUGUCAUUUGCCCUAGACAUUGCUCGGGGAAUGGAAGAAUUACACAAGACGUCGAUAGGCUGCCAUAGUAACUUAAAGUCCACUAACGUAUUGGUUGACAGCUACUGGAUUUGUAAGGUGGCUGACUACGGUCUACAAAGCUUUCAAGAAAACAGAUUGCACACAGAGGAGACCUUACGAGCACAAACUGCUCUUUUUUGGACUGCACCGGAGCGUCUGCGCACAAACACUAGCAAUACAUCACCAGGGGACGUGUACAGUUAUGGCAUCAUUUUGCAGGAAAUUGCACUCAGAGAGAAACCAUUUUCCACAUCUCUUCUUAGCCCAAAGGAAAUUUUAUACUACGUACGGAAGGGCAUCACGCCACAUUGUCGGCCUCAAGUCCCUCCAGACAGCGCUCCGGCUUCGUACAUGGACCUUAUGAAAAUGUGCUGGGAUGAGCGGCCUGAAAGAAGACCCACUUUUUGUGGUGUCCUUAAAAUUCUUAAGAGAAUCAACAAUGGAAAGACAACCAGCGUCGUUGACAAUAUGUUGUCCAUGAUGGAAAAGUACACAAACAACUUGGAGGCCAUUGUAAAUGAACGGACGAAACAACUACAGAGUGAGAAAACCAAAACAGACGAGCUUCUUCACAAGAUGCUUCCGAGGAGCAUUGCAGAUCAUCUCAAAGCAGGAAUUGAAGUGAAAGCUGAACAUUACGAUAGCGUCACCGUAUUUUACAGUGAUAUUGUCGAGUUCUCGAACAUAACGUCGCACAGCUCCCCAAUACAGGUAAUAACUCUUCUUAACGACCUGCACUCUCUUUAUGACACAGUGAUGACACGAUACGAUGUUUACAAGGUAGAGACAAGCAGCGACUCGUGUAUGGUUGUGUCUGGGCUUCCAGAGAGGAAUGGAAAUAAACAUGCUGGUGAAAUAGCUAGUAUGGCAUUACGCCUUGUUGCAUACCUUAAGACCUUCAAGAUCAGUCAUAUGCAAGGCACAACGCUACAAUUUAGAAUUGGAAUUCAUACUGGCCCUUGUGUUGCAGGAGUUGUGGGUCUUAAGAAGCCUCGUUUCGACAUAUUUGGCGAAUCAGUUGACAUCACAAGACAGAUGGAGGAAACUGGAACUGCUCAAAGAAUUCACGUUAGUUCCAUGUGCAAGUCUGUCCUGGAUGAGUUGGGUGGUUUUAGCGUGGAAGAGAGGGGCCUUAUUAACAUCAAGGGACUCGGUGAAACGAUGACAUACUAUCUGACGGGAAAAGUUGUCGAAGUCGCCAGGACGCCCAGUCUACAGUAAUAUAUAUAAUCUUUAACCUCUUCAUUGCUAACUCGGAAAGUUCAAUAACAUUUUUCAACUUGAAAGCAAGUUGAACAUUCGAAGGGAAAUUCCAUAUCUACGCUCGCCCAUGUAUGAUUCUCUGUUCAAUUUGGUUGGUUUAGCAAGAAGUGCUCGCGUUUUUGGGUGGAUGCUUAAAUUGUUGUACAAAUCUUUACUACUUCAAGAUUAGCAUAUUUUAAAUAAGAUUUCUGGUUUCAUCAGUUGACCUUAGACCGGGUUCUUAACACUGAUGCUGAAAGUUUAGUGGGACGCUUGUCUUCAAACAAGCGAGAAACGCCGGAAAUAAAUUAAACCAUUCUUUUCAAA